UAAACUGUCAAUAUUAUAAGGAGUAAAAGUAUUCUUUGAUCUUCAGAAAGUAGCUUAUAGCAUUUGCUAUUGCUAAUUUUACUGUGUACUCGACACUCGUACUGUUAAUCCUCUUUGUUUUUGAUUUGGCUAUUGUUUUAUCAACUAUCAAGUAUAUAUUAAUAAUAAAACUGUGGGCCGUAUUAACGAUAUUAAGUUGAAGCUACGGUGUAGGACUACGCCCUUUUUCUUUUACAAGUGUUUCCAUUUGCUGUCAACAUAGGCCUCUCGGAUACUGCCGUUAUGGAUAUGAUGGUGUCUACUUUACAACAGCAACGAGCUGUAACUGAGCAACUGCGCAGAGAGGCUGCGAUAAAACGUAUACCAGUUUCAGUUGCUGUAGCAGAUAUCAUUCGUUUUAUAAGCGAACACCAUCAAGAGGAUUGCCUUCUCGUUGGGUUUACCAAUCAAAAAGUUAAUCCAUUCCGUGAAAAAAGUUCAUGUACAGUUUUGUAAAAGUUUUUCUUACUGUGAUCAUAUUUAUUUCACAUUGAAUUAUCUAUUUGUGAAGAAGUUUGUAGUCCUUCGUAUCAUACUUUUGUUUGUUUACUAAUUUCUUUUUCAAAUUACUUUAACAUAUUGGAAUUGAUGUAAAAUAUUAUAAUAAAGUGCUGAUAUAUAAUAAAAAAUGAAUCUAUAAGUACCUAAUUAAA